GGCUUCGGUUACGGAAGGUGCAAGGAGCUAUUUUUGGGUGUUCAACUCCUGCCUCAUAGGUGGGCCAUUGCUGUGUCAAGGUUGGGGGUUAAUUUUGGCAUAUUUAACUUUUUAAAUGCAUCUGUGUGAAAAAAGGACAUGGAAGACGCUCCCCUGCCUCUGCUGACGGUGCCAACAGCUCCUUACAGCGACCAGAAACCGGGAACCAGCGGCUUACGGAGGAAGACCUUCUACUUUGAAUCCAAGCUGAACUAUUUGCAGAAUUUUAUCCAAAGUAUAUUUUUUUCCAUAGACCUAAGAGAUCGCCAAGGAGCCUCUCUGGUGGUUGGAGGUGAUGGGAGGUACCUGAAUAAGUCUGCAGUGGAACUGAUUGUCCAAAUGGCUGCUGCCAACGGGAUCGGGCGCUUGGUGAUCGGGCAGAACGGGAUCCUGUCCACGCCGGCCGUGUCCUGCAUCAUCCGCAAGAUCAAAGCCAUCGGGGGCAUCAUCCUGACCGCCAGCCACAACCCCGGCGGGCCCAGCGGCGACUUCGGCAUCAAAUUCAACAUUGCCAACGGAGGUCCUGCUCCUGAAGCCAUCACGGAUAAAAUUUUCCAAAUCAGCAAGAAAAUUGAGGAAUAUGCAAUCUGCCCAGAUCUCCAGGUGAAUUUGGGCACCAUUGGGAAGCAGCAGUUUGACUUGGAGAACAAAUUUAAGCCAUUUACAGUGGAAAUUGUGGACUCUGUGGAAGCCUAUGCCAACAUGCUGAGGAGUAUCUUUGAUUUCAAUGCCUUGAAGGAGCUGCUGUCAGGGAAGAACCAGCUCAAGAUCCGCAUUGAUGCCAUGCACGGGGUUGUGGGCCCUUACGUGAAGAAGAUCCUGUGUGAGGAGUUGGGAGCCCCAGCAAAUUCAGCUGUGAACUGCACCCCCCUGGAGGACUUUGGGGGCCACCACCCUGACCCCAACCUGACCUACGCUGCCGACCUGGUGCAGACCAUGAAGACGGGAGAGUACGACUUUGGAGCUGCCUUUGAUGGAGAUGGGGACCGUAACAUGAUUUUGGGCAAGCACGGCUUCUUCGUCAACCCCUCCGACUCGGUGGCCGUCAUCGCCGCCAACAUCCUCAGCAUCCCGUACUUCCAGCAGACCGGCGUGCGCGGCUUCGCCCGCAGCAUGCCCACCAGUGGAGCCCUGGACAGGGUGGCCCAGGCUACAAAGAUUGCUUUGUACGAGACUCCAACGGGCUGGAAGUUCUUUGGAAACUUGAUGGAUGCAAACAAACUGUCUCUGUGUGGAGAGGAAAGUUUUGGGACUGGCUCCGACCACAUCCGAGAGAAGGACGGGCUGUGGGCAGUGCUGGCCUGGCUCUCCAUCCUGGCCGCCCGCAAGCAGAGCGUGGAGGACAUCAUGAAGGACCACUGGCAGAAGUACGGCAGGAACUUCUUCACCAGGUACGACUAUGAGGAGGUGGAUGCAGAUGCUGCCAACAAAAUGAUGAAGGAUUUGGAGACGGUGAUGUUCGACCGCUCCUUCGUGGGGAAGCAGCUGUCGAGCGGGGACAAAGUCUACACGGUGGAGAAAGCUGACAACUUCGAGUACAGCGACCCCGUGGAUGGCAGCAUCUCCAGGAACCAGGGCUUGCGGCUCAUCUUCUCCGACGGCUCCCGCAUCAUCUUCCGGCUGAGCGGCACCGGCAGUGCCGGGGCCACCGUGCGCCUCUACAUCGACAGCUACGAGAAGGAUGCUCAGAAAAUAAACCAAGACCCUCAGGUGAUGUUGGCACCUCUCAUUUCCAUUGCACUGAAACUUUCCCAGCUCCACGAAAGAACCGGCCGCUCCGGGCCCACCGUCAUCACAUAGAGCCCCCCUGUGCUGGAGUGUGCACUGGGGCAGGCAGGCAGCCCAGCCCCUUCCCUUGUCAAACUGCCACUGAAAGAGGAAUAUUGAUUUUCUCCCUGUAUUUAAGAACACUGUUUUGCUGCUAAGGAUAGCCAAUAAACCCCAGCCCUCAGCA